AUGAAUCUUUUUGAAACUAUUGCCAAUCGUGAUCAUUUAUUUCCAUGCAUCAAUAAGGUUAAUUUAGAAGAAGGAACAGUUAUCAUCAAAUACAAAGAAAGAUAUUCUAUAAAUCGAAAUUUAUGGAUGGUAGAAAUCCAAUUUGGAGACAAAAAAGCUAAGGGUUUGGUCAAAUUCACCCAAGAAUAUUCUGGAGAAGCACAUGGAAAAUGUUUUGAACUAGGUUUAGCACUCAAAUUAUGGGCAGUCAAUAGCCUUCAACUAGGCUGGAAGAUUGUUAUCAUGGAAUACCUGGAAGAAUAUAAAACACUACAUGCUCUUGAUUCAAGAAUAUUUCCUCAAACAGAAAAUGCUGUUAGAAAUGCUGUAAAAUUACUUCAUGACUCUGAUUAUGUACAUGGAAAUUUUCGUGAUGAGAACAUCAUGGCUAAAUAUGAAAAUGGAGAAGUUGAUAUUAAAAUUGUGGACUUUGAUUUGGCAGGAAGGGAGGGGAGGGCAAAAUAUCCUGAAAGUUUAAAUCCUACUAUUAAUUGGCAUCUGGAUGUUGGUUGGCAUAAGUUCAUCAAAAAAGAACAUGAUAAACAUUUAAUUGAUUAUAUUUAUCACAAUAUAACAUAUGAACCCUCAAAAAAGCGACAGUGUCUCUCAGAAUGGAUGAAUUAG